AUGACCAGUAUUUCCGCUGUAUGGGAGGACCCGAGGUACAUCAGGGCAGUCGUCAUCUGGAGGUCCCGCAAACAGCCUGGUGGGCGUGUGCAUCCACCAUUACCCACGACAAGAGGCGACACGCUAACCGGAUGUGUGCUGCCCGAUAAGCAGGAACCACUCGGAUCGCGGCAAAUGAUCGAUAGUGGUGGCUUGGCACAGGCAGCAUCGCAAAGGAUCCGGUGGAUGGUGAGCUCAGAGGAACAGGAUCCCACAGUCGUUGAUACUGGUCUAUUAGUAACAGAGUACCAUAGGACAUUACCGUAG